AGGGACAAAUAUUGUUAUUAAGAACAUAUUUCAUAAAUAAAAUGUUGCCUGUAAGGUGGCUACCUCGACUUCAGAAAAGACGAGUCUUGUUUACCUGCAUAUUUUUUGCGCUCUUAUUUCUAAUGUAUCAACUAAUGUUUUUUGUAGUAUUGAAUAAUGAAACCAACAGACGACCUCAAAAUCAUCCUAAAGACAUUAACAGACUGAAACCAGUUAACUCAAGAAAAGAUGAGUCUGUGAUGAAAUCAUACAAGUUCAAUAAAAAUUACGCUUCUGAAAAUGGAAAUCAUCCAGAAUUUGUUGACAACAAAUUCAACAGAGGUGGACUGCUAAAGCAUCAAUCACAUUCCAAGCAUGAGCUCAGCACUUCUGAGAAGAAUCAUAUGAUCAGAAUAGGAGUUUCUAAAGAUCUGGAAGUGAUGAAUGAUAAAACAAUUUUCCGUUGUUUCAAGUCAGGAAUGAUUAUCUCUGCAAAGCAAGUUAAUGACAACUACUGUGACUGCCCUGAGGAUGGUUCAGAUGAACCACUCACUAAUGCCUGUGAAAACUCAAUAUUUUAUUGCAGGAAGCACAGCAAUGGCUUUCCAAAGUCAGUGCCUUCAAGUUUUACCAAUGAUGGAGUGUGCGACUGUUGUGAUGGCUCAGAUGAAUGGCUCGAUGGCACCUUGCCAUUGAAAUUCUCCCAAGAGAGACAGAACCAGAUUGCUGUCCAUCAAACUCCAUGCCAGGAUAUUUGCGCAGUAAGAUGAGCAGCAAUGGCAAGGCUGGUUUCCAGCAAGGUCAUAAGUCUCCUUCAGUUACUGGAUGCUGUUUUUGCUGCUAGUCAAGACUUGCUGCUGUGAAAACUAAGAAGGCAAGGCGCCUGGCAUGAUAUCCAGUCGACGCCACACACUCGCAUGUUGACACUUUUUAUAACAAUUAAAAAUUAUAUUAUCCUCAUUUGAUUUAAAAGUAUUAGUCAGCAGUAUUAAAAGCCUAUGACAGUUCUCUCAAUUUUCUCAAGUUGAUAGGCAUCAACUUGCAAAUAUUUUACUAUGGCAGGUUUGCAAAUGUUUGAUUAUUUUAGGACAAUUUCUCAAUUUGUUUGUAAAGAAGUGAAUACUUCACUGUGUCAUCAUCCACACUUUGCGUUACAUUUGUUUCUCAUUUAUGCUUAUUUUUAGCUUCAGUUUCAUUCUGAAAAAAAAAUAAUGACAACCAAAGUUGGUUAGAGCGUUCAAUUCAUCCAUAGAAAUCACGAUUCAUAGUCCACGUUGUACGUUUCUUUGAUUCUUGGAUAUUGUAUUUGUAUGGGCUUUAUAACCUGUGUUCAGUUUGCUACCGUUUCGUUGCAAUGACUUUUAUUUCAAUGUAUUUAUGCGACAUCGUAUUAAUGAAAUAAAAACCUGGAAUAGGUUCAUUAGAGUAGUAGCUAAACUUAGUCGUUCUGUGUGCUGCGGGGACAUACCGUAGCAGAAUCUAAUAACUAGUUCAUAAAUAGGAUAAAAAUCAAAACUAGUUAUUUACAGAAGACUAUGUUGUUGAAUCAGUUGAAAAUCUGCGUGAAAAUAUAACAUUUUAAUGUU